GCAGGUUAUCUGGUUGAAUGUUUACACCGUGAGAUGAGAGAUGUCGCGUAGCGCAUGCGAAUAUCAGACGGGGGUUGAUUUUGCUCUCGGGGAACAGCAGUGGAGAACAAUUGCUGUCCGUGGGUGAAGAAAAUUGCGGGCCAUCGGCUGGCGACUCAACUCUGCACCUGCGAGCACCGUUCUCCGGCACCAGAAGAGGUCUGCAGCAGCCGCCACCGGAGCUUCAGCGUUUUUCGACACUUGCAGUUGGCAAAGCGAGAAAAGAGCUGUCGUCUAGCAACAGCGGCGCGCCGCCUCCGUCCCGACCGGAGGAGGCCAUCAGCGAUUUCGCCACCUCAGGCGGCGGCACCCCGGCGGAAGCCAAACUGAAACCAUCAGAUGCUCAAGAUUUCAGAUGCUUGAGUACCCUCUUGAAAUCCUCUGCCUGUACAAUGCAAGGUGCACACACAUCGUAGGAAGCUCGCUCUAAUUAGCCCCUAAGUUAAAUCUGUUGUCUAAAUUUAAUAUCAAAAAUCAUGGCCAGAUUAGAAAUUCCCAGCAUAGUGGUUCAUGCUGGCACGUGUAGCUGCCCUGCCAGUCCUCAAAUGGAGCGCGCCUCCAUCUCCACUUUGCAGCACUCGCUAGCCGAACAGGAGGACGAGGAGUCUAGGGGCGACGACCUCGAGUCAAAAACAGCAAACGACGAUGAUCUCAAUGCCGACACUGUAGCCAGCGACGAGGAGCAGAACGAGGCCGACGAACAGACAGGAGAACCACCGCCUGGUGAUUCAUCAGGGUCAAGUGCUCCUGUUCGUCAAAAGUCACAAAAUAGCAAAGUAAAACUUCUAGUCAGAAGUCAUGCAAUGAGGGAGGAGACUUCGCCGCCGCCAGACCCUGAGAGGGCAACUCUAGAACCUCCCGCAGGCGCGGGCAGGCCCAGUUCUAGACUGCGACUCAAGCAACAGGGUUCUUCUCAAGGCAGCAUGGAUAGCAACUCACCUCUUAGUUUAUCUAGAGAUUCUAGCACUGAACAACCUCCAACGGGAGACAGCUCUGGUGUCGACUUGCCAGCCUUUCUCACCGAAACAGUCAAUCGGAGUCACAAAGACCGGCAGCUGCUGCUGCGAAUUGAGACAGAGCUGCAAAACCUUGUCAAAGAUACAAAGCGCACGCAAUUCAAGUUCCCUCCCAUGUCGUCGUAUCAACGAAUGCUGGUGCAUCGAAUGGCUGCUCUGUACAACAUGGAGCACAACGUGGACUCGACAGGGGCGCAGGUGGUGGUCGGCAAGACUGCCACUUCCAAGACACCCGACCUCAGACUGAGAGACCAGAUGAGAGGUGACCUCGAGAUGGAACCACGGAAGUCGAUUCUCAAGAGGGACACAAACUCCCUGGACGAUCCAAAUUCUAAAGCAAGUGCUGACAGUCGCCGAAGUAAAAGCUUUGAGGAGAGAGAAGAAGAAUAUGAGAAAGUUCGAAAGCGAAUUUUCAAGCAGGAGGGUGAUGGGAUGCGAGUGAUGAGAGGAGACUCUGGUUUGAGUGAAGGGGAUGAAGUUAGGUCUAGUCAGGAGGAUUUGCGCAGCUCCUGGGCAGCGGGUGCCCAGACCUGGAGCAGCUCAGACAGUUCUGACGGGAGACCUCAACUCCUCAGACCCAGUCCUCCCCAUUCCUCUUCGUUGAGACCAAGCCGAUUGCUUAAAGUGGAAUCCUUUGAGAGCAGAGACAUUCUACGUUCAAACUCGAUGCGCCAGGCUGUUUCAAAGUCGUACAGCUUUGGCGGCUAUUCUGGUGGGACUACCGCUCCGAGCAUAGCCAGGGGUGACAGUAUGGUCAGCACUCAUAGCGCUGGCGCUCGUCUCCUGACCAAACAAGACUCAGGCACAAGCAGCGUUGCCUCGCGUCUCUCACCCCUCAGCUCGGGCUACAAGUCUUUGGGAUCUCAGCGGUCGGACGCGACCAUGUCUGCAACCCCAUCUCCAACAGCCACACCUCUACUUCCGCAGGGUCCAAUGCAGAUGCCGGCUCACCUGCAGCAACACUUCGUAGGACCCACUCUGAUGUGGGCCGUGUCUAGCAUGGACAGUGUGCCAGCUGGGAGUUUACUGAUCAAUCCGCAAACCGGCCAACCAUAUCUCAAUAGCGAUGGAUCCGUCUAUCGCUACGACCCAAGCAAUCCACCCAAACUGCUGACCACCUCAGACCCCCCGCCACAACCUCCCUCCAUACAGGUGCACGCCUACACCUGUGCCCCUCCUCCACCGCCUCCACCCGAAUAUUCGCAACAACCGCAAGUCAUCUACUCGUACCAGGCUGCCCCUCAAGCCCAGCAUUCCCACUCUCACCACUCACAGUGUUCACAGGAGGGGUGCUGCAUGACUGAAAUCACUUCGUAUGUGACUGGCAUGCAAAUUAAUGAUGCAUCCAACGCUUGUCCUGCCCCACCCGCCUCCAGCUAUGUUGUGGCCGCCCCUGGAUGGCAGCCUCCGCAACAGGCACCACCUCGUCCUUCACUCUUGCCGCCCCCACCACCAGUAUCAACUCAACAACAACAAAAUGUGGUGAUGCCUCCUUCUCAGCAGACGGUCCUUCUAGUCCAGCCGCAGCGACCGAUGGCCCUAUUUCCCCACUCAGGUGGAGGCGCUGAGGCUGGAUACUAUUCGCCGCCACAAACUAUGAUUGCAACAUCCGCUCCGCCGAACAACAAUCCUGGUCCUAUGUUCCAGCAACAGCACACUGUUUCACCGUCCAUGAGGGGACCAGCCUCGUCUGGUGAGGGGGUUGCGUUUGCAAGCACAACAGGCUACUACCCAGCAGCCCCUGUAGCUGGCAUGUGUCCAUCGUACUGCUUCAACCCUCCGAACCAGGUGCCAACGGCGGCCAGCAGCAGCCAAGAGUCAACGGGGCACCCGGACAACCCCCUCCAGGCGGUCCCGGGCCCGGGGGUGGACAGUGCAUGGUUUCGUGGGUACCUGCCGAGCAGCCAACCAUGGAGUCUCAGUCAGUGGCCCCUUCGGCCAACGACCCAGCCUCCUGGAACUGUUAGCCUCUUCUCUCCUUGCUCCUCUUCUUUCCCAAGCUGGCUCCCGACGGGCAGGCAGGGGACCACUGCACACCCACCGUACACAGCUGUGCCUCUCAAACUGCUCUGGCCUCACUUGAGGCAGCAUCAAAAUCAACCCACACAAGUUUCUGACAACCACGAACUGACAGACCAAAGAACAAUAAUGAUCGGUGGGAGGUUCCGACUGCCGCCUUAAGAUCCUCUUUGCCUUGGCCUCCGUUCUCUGCCAACUCAGACUUCCCAGUACAUUUGACACACCCAGACAUGGUUGCUAUGCUUCUACUUAUUCUACUGUCACUUCUUCUUCUUCUAAGAAAAUUUCAAAAAGCCACCCUCUCUGAUGGUUUUGCUAAUUUUUCACCACCUAGAAUGAGAGAUGGUAGUGCGCAUAAAAAAUCUUCGUAGGAAUUAUGAUAAUGAAACAUUUUGAUCACUUUUACGUACUUUAAAUAAUACUGAAGAAAUGCUGUCAUUCCUGUCCCGUCACUGUGAGGAGAUGACUUUUUAUACUGCAUUGCUAGCCCGAAUUUUAACCGUUCGACCAAAUAUUAAUAACGAAACGAGAUGAGAUGGCGCAUAGCACAAUUCCAUUAUUAACAGAGAGGUGAAAUCAUAUGAAUAUAUAAUCAUUUUUAACUGCAUGUGUCUGUACAGCUACAUCCGGGCAGCUGUUUUUGAGCCUAGUCUGGAUGAAAAUCAAACGUAUAACUUCUGAUUAAUACUAUGUAAAUGAAUCCAUAUUAGCAAAUCCACUCAAUGUCUCGUACACAAAAAAAAAAGAAAAAACAAA